CCCCUUCUUUUCUGCUCCAGAAUUGAUUACCUUCAACUCAGCGGCAAAUAGUGUACUCCCCCCCACCCCCAUUGCUAGUUUGCAUUUUCUUAGCCUUUCAUUGGCAUCUCUGCCUGAAGUAUUCGACUCCUCUGGGCUGUUCCAAGCCCAAUCAUUGUCUUGAAUACAGCCCCCCUCCCCCAAUCACGGUACCUUUGACUGUUUUCAUCCCUGCAGAAAUCCUUCAGGUGGGUUUUGGGAGUUCGGUUAUGCAUUAAUUGUUUCUUUCACUGCUGGACAUGUCGGUUAGAUCCCAGACUAGCAUUUUUCUCUCCAUCACUCCAAAGAUGGGGUUGGUUUCAGAAGUUUAGGAUUUCACAUACUUGAUGCUAGAGAGGGAAACAGUUCUUGUUGGCAGAAAGGUCGAGGCGGUUAUUGGUUCUUUUGAAGUGGACCAUUCACCCACCUCUGCAGCGGGCUGCAUGGGGUUCUCUGUUAAAACUGAUUUCCAACCAGUCCAAGGAGGAAACAAACCAUCACCAGAAUCUCCCUGGACAGCCUUUGGGUGUGUGUUUUUGAGUUGAGAACCUGUGCCUCUGAAAGUGGAGUGAGUUGCUUGGAUCACCUUCCCCCAACACCGUCGUGUUUGUGCGUGUUAGUGGUGUGUUUAAAUGUAAAAGGCUGCUUUCUUCUGAUGAAAACCAUUUGUGACAACAUGUCAGUUACUUCUUUGGAGACUUGUGUCACAGCCUGUCUCUACAGACGUGGUGCAAAUGAAAUUGUUAACGGGUCCAGUAUCAGAGAGCUCAAGGUGUUAAUAUUCUGAUUUAAAAGCAAACUACCUUGCUUCUCUCUGCUGGGACUAGUUGAGUUUGAGGCCUCCGAGUUUUUAUCAUUGAAUUCUGAGCUGUCCUCUCUUCCUCUCUACCUAGUUGCCAUUCUGAACCCUUUUCCCCCAACAAACGUGGAGCUCUCCCCUAAACACACCUCCAUGUGACCAGGCCUUCUGGGACUCAUCUUCUGUCCCAGACAGCUCCAGACCAUGAAAUACAGAAGGGACAUGCUGGUCCUUGCUGUCCUACCCGGCCUCCCUCCUGUCCUGGCUGUGAGUCUUCCAGAUGGAAAGUUCCAGCCACAGCAGUUGGGGGGGGGGGCACCGUAUCUCGUUGAACCACCGUCUGAGGGGAUUACAUUAGAGUAACUGUUAAGAUUUUUAUCACUUCACCGUCAGCCCGAACGUUGGGGAAGUUCAGCACCUCACAUUCUGCACCUCUUGAAGCAGAACUUGACUGGCGUGGCAUAGGAGCUUGGCUGAAGAGGAAAUAAAAACAGAACAGGAGGUGGUAGAGGGCAUGGAUAUCUCUACUCGCUCAAAAGAUCCUGGCUCCACAGAGAGAACAGCCCAGAAAAGGAAGUUCCCAAGCCCUCCGCAUUCCUCCAAUGGCCAUUCGCCACAGGACACAUCAACCAGCCCCAUUAAAAAGAAAAAGAAACCAGGCUUACUGAACAGUAACAAUAAGGAGCAGUCAGAACUAAGACAUGGUCCGUUUUACUAUAUGAAGCAGCCACUCACCACAGACCCUGUUGAUGUUGUACCGCAGGACGGUCGGAAUGAUUUCUACUGCUGGGUCUGUCACCGGGAAGGCCAAGUCCUUUGCUGUGAGCUCUGUCCCCGGGUUUAUCACGCUAAGUGUCUGAGACUGACAUCGGAACCAGAGGGGGACUGGUUUUGUCCUGAAUGUGAGAAGAUCACGGUCGCAGAAUGCAUUGAGACCCAGAGCAAAGCCAUGACGAUGCUCACCAUCGAGCAGCUGUCCUACCUGCUCAAGUUCGCCAUCCAGAAGAUGAAACAGCCAGGGACAGAUGCGUUCCAGAAGCCUGUUCCUUUGGAACAGCACCCCGACUACGCAGAAUACAUCUUCCACCCCAUGGACCUCUGCACAUUGGAAAAGAACGCUAAGAAGAAAAUGUACGGCUGCACAGAAGCCUUCCUGGCCGACGCCAAGUGGAUUUUGCACAACUGCAUCAUUUACAAUGGGGGAAAUCACAAAUUGACGCAAAUAGCGAAAGUAGUCAUCAAAAUCUGUGAGCAUGAGAUGAAUGAGAUCGAAGUUUGUCCAGAAUGUUAUUUAGCUGCUUGCCAAAAACGAGAUAACUGGUUUUGUGAGCCUUGUAGCAACCCACACCCCUUGGUCUGGGCAAAGCUGAAGGGGUUCCCGUUCUGGCCUGCAAAAGCUCUGAGGGAUAAAGACGGGCAGGUCGAUGCCCGUUUUUUUGGACAACACGACAGGAACCCAGGCCGAGCAGUGUCGGGAGGCGGAGUGGAAGGUAGCCGAGAUGAUCGUGGGUUUGCUAGGAGGAAAAGAAACAGUCACUUUCCUGAAAUCACUUGCCAAGCAACUUCAUUGAAGGCACUUAAGAACCUGGGAAGAAAAAGGGCCUGGGUUCCGAUAAAUAAUUGCUACCUCAUGUCUAAAGAAAUUCCUUUUUCUGUGAAAAAGACGAAAAGCAUCUUCAACAGUGCAAUGCAGGAGAUGGAGGUGUACGUGGAGAACAUCCGCAGGAAGUUCGGGGUUUUUAACUACUCUCCGUUCAGGACGCCCUACACGCCCAACAGCCAGUACCAGAUGCUGCUCGACCCCAGCAACCCCAGCGCCGGCGCCGCCAGGAUAGACAAGCAGGAGAAGGUCAAGCUCAACUUCGACAUGACAGCGUCCCCCAAGAUCCUGAUGAGCAAGCCCAUGCUGGGCGGGAGCACCGGCCGCAGGAUCUCCCUGUCGGACAUGCCCCGCUCCCCCAUGAGCACAAACUCCUCCGUGCACACGGGCUCCGACGUGGAGCAGGACCCCGAGAAGAAGACCCUGUCGAGCCACUUCAGUGCCAGCGAGGAGUCCAUGGACUUCCUGGACAAGAACACAGCAUCACCGGCCUCCACGAAGACAGGACAAGCGGGGAGUUUAUCUGGCAGCCCGAAACCUUUCUCUCCUCAAGCGUCCACACCAAUCACGACGAAAGCGGACAAGAUGUCCACCACCGGGAGCAUCCUGAAUCUUAACCUGGACCGCAGCAAGGCCGAGAUGGACCUGAAGCAGCUGAGCGAGUCUGUGCAGCAGCAGUCGGCCCCCGUGGCGCUCAUCUCUCCCAAGCGGCAGAUUCGCAGCCGCUUCCAGCUGAAUCUCGACAAGACGAUAGAGAGUUGCAAAGCACAAUUAGGCAUAAAUGAGAUCUCAGAAGAUGUUUACACGGCCGUAGAGCACAGCGAUUCGGAGGAUUCCGAGAAGUCAGAGAGCAGUGACAGCGAGUACAUCAGUGAUGACGAGCAGAAGUCCAAGAAUGAGCCAGAAGACACAGAAGACAAGGAGGGGAGUCGGAUGGACAAGGAGCUCUCGGCUGCCAAAAAAAAGCCCAAACCGACAAACCCAGUGGAGAUUAAAGAGGAGCUGAAAAGUCCGUCUCCACCCAGCGAGAAAGCAGACCCAGACUCAGCCAAGGGAAAGGCGAGUCCUCAGCCCGAGAAGGACGUGGCGGAGAAGGCCAAUCCCUCGCCGCAUCCCACGAAAGACAAACUGAAGGGAAAGGAGGAGAUGGACUCCCCAACAGUCCAUUUGGGCCUGGACUCUGACUCAGAGAGUGAACUUGUCAUAGAUUUAGGAGAAGACCAUUCUGGGCGGGAGGGUCGGAAAAAUAAGAAGGAACCCAAAGAACCAUCUCCCAAGCAGGAUGUGGUAACUAAAGCUCCGCCACUGACCACUACGGCAGGCAGCCAGUCUCCCCCUGAAACGCCGGUCCUCACCCGCUCGUCCUCCCAAACUCCCACGGCUGGGGUCACGGCCACCACCAGCACCACGUCCACGGUCACGGCCCCGGCCGCCACCGCCACAGGAAGCCCAGUGAAAAAGCAGAGGCCGCUCUUACCGAAGGAGACUGCCCCGGCCGUGCAGCGGGUCGUGUGGAACGCAUCAAGUAAGUUUCAAACGUCCUCCCAAAAGUGGCACAUGCAGAAGAUGCAGCGCCAGCAGCAGCCGCCGCAAAGCCAGCAGCAGCAGCCUCAGUCUUCCCAGGGGACGAGAUAUCAGACCAGACAGGCUGUGAAAGCUGUCCAGCAGAAGGAGAUCACACAGAGCCCGUCCACCUCCACCAUCACCCUGGUGACCACCACACAGUCGUCGCCCCUGGUCACCAGCUCGGGCUCCACGAGCACCCUGGCGUCUUCGGUCAGCGCAGACCUCCCCAUCGCCACUGCCUCCGCCGACGUCGCUGCGGACAUCGCCAAGUACACCAGCAAAAUGAUGGACGCCAUAAAAGGAACCAUGACAGAAAUCUACAACGACCUUUCUAAAAACACUACUGGAAGCACCAUAGCCGAGAUUCGCAGGCUGAGGAUUGAGAUAGAGAAGCUCCAGUGGUUGCACCAGCAAGAGCUGUCCGAGAUGAAACACAACUUGGAGCUGACCAUGGCGGAGAUGCGGCAGAGCCUGGAGCAGGAGCGGGACCGGCUGAUCGCCGAGGUGAAGAAGCAGCUGGAGCUGGAAAAGCAGCAGGCGGUGGACGAGACCAAGAAGAAGCAGUGGUGCGCCAACUGCAAGAAGGAGGCCAUUUUCUACUGCUGCUGGAACACCAGCUACUGCGACUACCCCUGCCAGCAGGCCCACUGGCCCGAGCACAUGAAGUCCUGCACCCAGUCAGCUACCGCCCCUCAGCAGGAAGCAGACACCGAGGUGAACACAGAAACACUAAGCAAGUCGUCCUCCCAGGGGACCUCCUCCAGCACCCAGGCAACCCCCCCAGAAACAGCCAGCACUUCAAAAGACAAGGAAACGUCUGCCGAGAAAAGCAAGGACAGUGGCUCAACCCUCGACCUUUCUGGCUCCAGGGAGACGCCCUCCUCCAUUCUCUUAGGCUCCAACCAAGGCUCUGACCAUUCCCGGAGCAGCAGCAAGCCCGGCUGCUGGAGCGGCAGCGAUGAGAAGCGAGGCUCAUCGCGUGCUGAGCUCAACACCAGCAGCGGCGCGAAGAGUCUCCUCCCGAAAGAGUCUCGGCUGGACGCCUUCUGGGACUAGGGACAAGUUGCGCCACAAGCCAUCCGCCCCACGGAGGAAGAAAAAACCAGACCCCAGGAAAACAGGAAACAGCCAAGAAACGUGAGGCAGAACCACGGCUUGCGGGCUGGAGGUUCCCUCCACGGGGACUCGGCCUUUCCCCGGGGCGGCGUCUACACUACAUCACGUCCGGCAUUAGCUUCGACUGAGGACUGGUCCACCCACCUGCGACCGAUGCUUUAGAUGUAAAUAAUGUACAAUUUGUGGGUGUCACCACACCUAGAGUACCUUCCCCUUUUUAUAUUUGUAUGGACUUUAACUUAUAAAAAAAAAAGGAAAAGCAAUUAAAAAAAACCCCAGCAACAAAAGGAACGUUUUGGUGUUGGAGAAGGGGUUGGUCCAUCAGCCCGUCUGUCACAUCGUGCUAUGGGGACUGGGCCGGGGGAUGUCUGUUGCCCAGGGGAACGGGAGCUGGCUUCAUUCAAAUGUUUGGAUGGGGCACAGCGGGAUCGUGAGUUUCCGCGCAGAUUCUGUGCUGUCGUGGGCACGUCAAGUCAAGCCCUUGGCCGCUUUCGGCUACUACGUUGCUAGGUUAUCAGAUGCAAGCUGUCUGGACCAGAAGGACACAGGGAGAAGCUAGUUUAUUUUAUAGGAUUUAAACAAUGACUCUACUCCUAAAAGGGAAAAAACCCUAAUGUCCUUGUUUACAGAAGAGAAACAAGCCCCACUCAGCUCAAUGGCAGAAGAGAAGAACACGGGACAUUUUGCGUCAUGAGGGUCUGAGAUGGAGAAGUCCUUUCUUUGCAUCGUGAUUCCUUUCAAUACACUCACACGUAGAAAGAGACACACUGCGCUUCUCGGAAGCGAGGACUUGGAGGCAAGGCGCACGCGGAGGACAUUUGAGUCUGGGAUGAAGCAUGUCUGUAGUAUUUAUAUGAUGGAAUUUUACAUUUUUAUGUACGCAUGAAACCAAGGCAGUGUGAGAGAAAACGCCCGCCAUGUCGUCGGUCACACUACGUAAACUGUAGUUCCAUUUCGUAUGUCGUGUAAAACUAAAAGCAUUGAACAAAAGCAGAAGGCGAUGUAUGUAUAUGAGAAAAUUAAUUGUACGAUAUCAUUCCAGUACAUUUGGUUGUACAUUUUAGUCUCGUUUUACUUUCUCUUCAUUGUCGGUAAGAGGAUGCGAACUGUACAGUGUCCAGCUAGUUACCCACCUUAGAGAAGAAAUAAAAAAAAAGAGUAUUAGAAGAAAACAGGAGAGAAAGAACAUUUGUGAAUUGCAGUUGUCAAAAAAAGACCCCCACAAAAUAGCCUAGCUGGCCUUAUUUGUGAAGCAUAAUUGCUUUUAGCAUAUGGAAGUAUUUUUUCACAUUUUCUUUGUAUAAAAUUUGUAUUAAACUUAAAUAUCUUUUUUGA